AUGAGGACACAUGGAUUCUUCCGUUUCAUUGCCUUCGCAAAAUUUAAAUUCCGCCAUAAGCAAUUUCGAAAACCGUUAAAGGUCAUGCUCUUCGCUUUAAUGUUCUGUUCAAUCUUCUUUUAUAUCUUCAAUACGUUGCACCAUUCACAAACGUAUGACGCUGUCCAUGUCGCGGUAAAAAAUGAUACAAUGACUACUACAAACGGCACACCACGCCGUUUCACCGGCGCUAUGGGUGCUCUGAAUAUUCACGUAUGGCGAGAGGUUUGUGGCUCAAGCAUCCAAAAUCUGCGUCAAUAUUUGCUUUUUCCGCAUUAUCCUGACGAAAUGUUCAUGAAGCUCAAUAUGCUUAAGUUUCAAAUUAUCGACAGUACCAUCGAUUAUGGCCAACGGAUUUUUGGCUUCCUCCAUCCUCCUCACAGCGACGAAUACAACUUCGCCAUAGCCUCUGAUGACGAGUCAGAGUUAUGGCUCAGUCCUAGCGAUGAUCCGAACGAGAAACAGUUAAUUGCACGUGUUUUUAAAGAAGGAGUAAGUGCGUGGACGAAAAAGGAUGAACUUCACAAAUAUCCCGGGCAAAUCUCAGAACAUCUAAUGCUCUCUGGAGACAGAAAAUACUACAUAGAAGUUGUGCAUAAGCAAGGAGUUGAUCUUGGUUUUGUACAAGUUUAUUGGAAGCGUCGCAGUGAUAGCGAUUUCUACCUUAUCAGUUCGGAGUACUUAUCGUCCCAUGCAGACGAUGUUAUGAUCACCAAAGCAAAAGAUGUUUUGCAUAGUUUCCUUUCGGAGAGCUAUCGUCAAGAUCUUGAGCUGAAAUCUAAAUCAACAGAUCAUAAACGAUUACAAUUUCAAUCACUUCCGUUGCUCCCAAAAGAUAGUUAUCUUCCCAUGUGUGAUUUCCAGUCUAACUCUUUGUCAAAUGGAGGGAAAGUGUAUCGUUAUCAAGGCCGCAAAGCGGUGCAGUUAUCCAGCGUCUACCCUGCUGAUGAUAGCAGUGCGUUGACUUAUAAAAAUUUGCGAAUCUGGCCCAACAAAAUUGCUAACGGGGACAAAAUUCAUGCAGUCACGGAUGAGAUAAUUACGUCGUUAAACCAUAAAACCUCAAAGUAAGUUGACCUAAAAAUUAAACUAUCAACAAUAUAGCAAAUGCCAAAAAAUUCGUGAACUACUGUGGAUGCGCUACGUAACGAUAAAAGUCUAUUAAGAAGGAAAAAAAAGUUUAAAAAACAGGCCAUGAUUCGCACGGAUUGCAAAUGAAAAAUAGUGCUCCAGGCCGCAACCCUUUUGGUUGCCGAGGCGUGUAGUGAAAAAUUUAGGCGAGUAGAGUUGCUGUAGCAGUCGCAAAUUUGACGACCUGAAUCACCUGGUGCUUUCGGUUUAAAAUGAAAGUGAGUUCAACAUCUGCAUACGAUGUUAUAGUUAUUUCUCUACGGUUGGGCAAGAUGUCUCGUAAAGCUUAAUUACAUCACAACCAGUCUGCUUUGUGGUUAGCAGUAGAGCUGCACAUAAUACUGCACAUUUUCCUUUUCCAGGGCGAAAAUUGUUCUUCCUUUUUUUUUUUUUUUUUUUUCAGCGACCAUUCUAUGACUCCAAGAGAAUAUCAACAGUUGAUGUUCUCUUUAUGACUCGUGGUCGUCAAAUGACGACUUUGAAAGGCGUUGAGCUUGGAGCCCUGACAAAGACCCCCAAACCGUGACUAACGUCUUUCAAAAUUCAUGCUUAGUGGAAUGCAAAUAUCGUUAUUCUUAUGCUAUUAAUCAUGUUUGUAGACCAUUAUUAUGAUACGCUAUGCUGAAAUGUCAGCAAAAUAAUGUAUUUUGCUAGGUAACCAUUCGGGCUGAGUUUGGAACUGGUGCUUUAAGACCAGAGCCAAUCACAUGCAAAGAAGUGUGUGUAUGUCAUUCAUUAACUGGCUUAAUUUCGAUUUCCCAAGUUACUCCCUCCAUCUUGGGAGAGGAAAAAAUUCCUGGAAACCAAGGUUGUUUUAGAGAUACACAUUACAUACAAUGAAGUCCAUUACACUAUCAAACUGAUAUCAUUCUUUGAUUUACUUCUAGGAAAUAUUUUCUGAAGAGAAUUCACAAGGUUUUAAACAUCCCAGGUCCAGUUCAUGGCGAUCUUUAUUCUGUAGAUCUUGAGCUCGGUUUACAAGACGUCAGUCAAUCAUUUCGUUUAUCAGAGCAUGUACUUGGUAAGGAUGCCAACCACAACUUGUGUUUUCCUCGAGGUAUUAGCUGGAACAAUAAAGCUAAAGUGUAUUUUAUUCUCCCUGUCAAGGAACAAGGAAGAUGGGUGUAUCAUUUUAUAAACGAAAUCACAAUAGCCAGCUCUUUAACGGGCGAUACGAACUUUCAUGUCAUUGUUGUUGACUUUGAAAGCGAGGAUAUUGACAUGACAAAGGCAUUUAACACCACUCUUCUUCAUAACAGACACACGAUUAUUCCAUUAAAAGGGAAAUUUUACAAGACGCUGGCUUUGAACAAAGCUGUUGAGCAUAUUCCAAGUAUACAUGACGUUUUGUUUUUGUUUGAUCUCCAUAUCGACGUUCCCUUGGACAUAUUGGACAGCGUUCGUAAGGUGAGUUUCUAUCUUUGAUUUGAGUAAUGAUUAUAUACUCGUUAAUCUAUAUAUUUAUUUAGUAUUUAUGUUAUAGAUCAAUCUCGCGAACUUUAUUGUGUCGUGCGGAUAUCGAUUGUAGUGUUAUGAACUGGUACUAGUAAACCUUUAUACGGGACGCUUGCCUUUAGAUUGGUGUGCCAUUUGAUGCUUGAUUACAAGCAGUCCCUGCUUUUCUGCGAAGUCCGUCGCGCGAGUAAAAAAUUAGUAAAAAAAAUUAGUUAGAGCGUCCGAGAGAAGCCUAGGAGUUCGUGGGUGUCACUCCAAGGUUCCGCGUGGCGCGCUAUCGUAUCGUGUGCUGUUUUUUUUUACUCGCACGGUGGACGUCGCCGUAGACUGCUCCAGUCUAUCUGAUGUAAAUACAUCUCACUAAUCUUUUUUUAUUUACAUUGAUUUAAUCAUAAUUUGUUUCUACGGUCCUCAUUUCUAGCUUUAAUAACAAUUCUUUGUCUUGCAGAACACCGUCGAAGGACAUCUUGUUUACGCUCCCAUUGUAGGCCGGUUACACUGUGGCAGUACGUAUGUAGAUCAUAAAGGUUAUUGGGAAAUGGAAGGAUUUGGCUUACUGAGCAUUUAUAAAUCAGACUGGAUGAGGUUCGGAGGUAAAAAAAACAUCAGUUUUCAGUUGAUGCUCCUUUAAAUCAAUGUUGAUCAUAAUUUCAUCAGUUCCUAGAACUGACAUGCAACAUGCACAAAUUCACCCCUCGAUUUUCAUUCAGCUGCAUAGCAAGAUAUUCUAUUUAGGCAAGUGCUUUUUUAGGCCAGAGAAAUUAUACGAAAAGCAACUACCUUGAACUUAACUGUAAAAAAAACUUAUUAUAAGUCUCUAAUCUAAUCUCUUGAAGUACAUUUAAAGUUGUGAAUCCUUGGAUUUUUUUUCAAUUGGUAAACGGAAACCUCUUGAAUCUCAUGUAGUCAUAUAUACUCUCUAUAGGAAUGAACACCAAGGACUACAAUUACAAAUGGGGCGGAGAGGACUGGGACUUACUCGACCGUGUCAUCAAUGCUGAGUUGAAAGUUGUUCGAAUAAAGCACCCGGGUCUAUAUCAUCAUUAUCAUACAAAACACAAAUCUUGGAAUUAACAUACGCCGUGCAAGUGACUCCAACAUAGAGAAUUACGAACUCCCGUUCCGUCAGCCGUUAUGAAAGCGCAAGUUCAAUAUGCUUGACGGCGUGCCAUGCGGGAGCCAAGGAAACUGGGUCUAUUACACGAAAUCGAGGCUUGCCAGGGGACUCCCCAGAGUAAAAAAGAAAACAAUGAUAGGAGGCCCUUUUUCCUUUGAGGAGGAGCACUGAUGGUGUCGCUGCGAGUCAGCAAUGCGGUUUUAAUGUCUCUCCAGAUGGUUGAUUUGCAAUUGUUUGCUCUGUGAUAUCUUUAACCUUAUUUCAGAUUCUCCCAAGAGAUACUUGGAAUGUUUAUGUCUUAUUUGGACCAUUUGAGGGCUACCAACACAGAACUGAAGUUAUCUCUACCAAAACAAAGUCCUUGUAAAACUCCAUAUUUUAGUUAUUGACUCUUCCGUUAACCCGACUCAAUUGCUUUGUGAUCAGUUAGUUUUUGUCAUCCGAUAAUACAACUUCAAGGGUAACUUCACUUAAUAGGUUACAGAUAUUUUUUAGUACGAUUCUUAACGAUGUAAUUGCAAUAAGUGAAUUAAACACAC